AUGGACAAGUUACUCAGACGGCGCGGUACCUACGUGUGUCGCAGCUGCAUCCAAAGCUUCCAGCGCCAGCCGCGCCGCGGCUAUGCGACUGCUGCCCCUUCACAACCCGACAUCUUCGAUGUCGUCUGCGUCGGUGGCGGGCCCGCGGGCUUGAGCGCCAAUCCCGUAACGGCACACCUGCGCAUGGCGCUGGUCGAGGCACAAGACCUAUCCAAGCUCCGCGCCUGGAAGCUCCCUCCCGAUCGCUACUCUAACCGCUGCAGCUCCCUAACCCCCGCCUCGGCCUCCUUCCUCGACCGCAUCGGCGCCUGGAAGCACAUCGACCGCGACCGGGUCCAGCCGUACCACGAAAUGCAGGUCUGGGAUGGCGUGAGCGGCGCCCGUAUCGAGUUCGACUCACCCCCUACUAAUGGAGGCACAAUCGCUUACAUGAUCGAGAACCUGAACCUCAUUUCGGGUUUGCUGAAGCGUCUGGACGAGCUCGGUGGUGUAGCAAUGUACGACAGCUCCCGUGUCGAGCACAUCACCUACGGCGAGGAAACCGAAGAAGUUGACCUUCGCCAAUGGCCCGUCGUUCAUCUCUCCUCUGGCGCCCAACUAGCCGCCCGCCUCUUGGUCGGCGCCGACGGCGCUAACUCCCCUGUGAGAACCUUCGCUGGUAUCCAAGCCCGAGGUUGGGACUACGACCGGCACGGCGUGGUCGCAACCCUGCAACUCUCCGAAUCAACCCCCAACACCUUCAAAACCGCCUACCAGCGCUUCCUGCCUACCGGCCCGGUGGCCCUGCUCCCCCUCCCGGGACCCUACGCCUCCCUCGUCUGGUCCACUACCCCGCAAAACGCCGCCCACCUAAAGUCGUUGUCUUCAGAAGACUUCGUCGCCAUGGUCAACGCUGCCUUCCGCCUAUCCCCGGUCGACCUGGCCUACCUGCACACGAUUCCCUCUAACCACGUCGAUGAGCUCACCUGGCGCAGCCAGCACACCCCCUUCCCUUCCCCACCAACCAUCCCAUACCCCGUCACCGCCGUCCAGCCCCAAACCGUAGCCUCCUUUCCCCUCCGUCUGCGCCACGCAGACUCCUACACCGCGCACCGCAUCGCACUGCUCGGCGAUGCGGCACACACCGUGCACCCUCUUGCCGGGCAGGGGUUGAACCAGGGGCAGGGGGACGUUCAGGCGCUGGCGGGGACGGUUGCGGAGGCGGUACAGCAUGGGAUGGAUUUGGGAGUGAUAGGAGCGCUCCAGGACUAUAAUGGGAAAAGAUUUAUGGGACGGGAUGGGGGCCUGUGGUCGCGGUGA